GUCCCAGGCCGGGGAGGGGGCCGUGCCGUGGGCGCGGGGAUGGCACCGUUUGCUUUUCCCCUGGGCCUGGGAGGAGCGGCGCGAUGGGACGGGGGGGAGUUACUGUGGUUUCAAGGAUGCGGCUGAGGUGGAAGCGGUGCAGGCUCCGGCUGGCUCCUGCCCAAGCUCAUCCCGAAAUUCCCUGGCUGGGGGGCACCGGGGAGCGGGAUGGGGCUGGUCCUGCUCCCGCGCACGGCGGGAGAGAGCCAACCUCUCCUGCUCGGGAACAACCGAACCCCAACAACCCCCCCCAGCCCCCUGUUCCUGCCGCCAUCCGCACCCCGCUACGUGCCCUCCCGGCCCCGGGCGCUGGCGGGGGUCCCUGGGCAGGACCCCGUCCCCGUCCUUAGAGCAGGCAGGAGGAGGAGGAGGAGGAGGAGGAGCAGGGUGGGCAGCCCCCAUUCCCCCAGCCCAGCCGGGGCUGCUCCGGUGACCCCCGUGUCGGAGGGGGCUGCGGUGGGCUGAGACCUGCCCGCGCUUGUGGCCCGAGUCCCCGAAGCGCCGGUGGGGACGGAGCCGCUGUCAGGGGGUCGGUGCGGGGGGGCAGCGGGCAUUUGGGGACAGGCGAGACGGAGCUCAUGAUGGGGGGACGGUGGCACCCACCUGCCCCUGUCACCCCUCGGUCUCAGGCCUCGGCGUGGCCGGUGGCUUUGGCGCGAUGCUUGCCUUCGUCCUGCGUGGCAGCCAGCGGCAGUGGGGGCUGCGGGUCCCGGGGGGCUGGCAACAAGCCCGGGGGGACAGGGAGGCCGCCUGUCCCUCGCGGCAGCGCUGCGGGGGCCAGCGCUUGCCACGCAGAGCGAGCAGGAGCGUUGCUGAGCCCAUUCCCAAUUUAAUCCCCGGAUUCAUCCCGGUCUCUCGGGGCUGGGUUGCCGGUCCCCGGCCGAGGGACCCCGUCAGGAGCCAGGGAGCUCUGGGCUUGCGCCCUCUCCGGCAGCACUUGCCGCCCGUGUUCGGGGCAAGGAAACCGUGGGGUAGGAAACCUCGGGAACGGGCAGCUGCUCGUGGGGUGCUUUGUCGGCAGCGGGUGCCCACGGAGCGCCCCGUCCGUGUUGCUGCCGGUGCCCCCGCGCGCGGCACUGACCGUCCUGGUGAGGUGUCCGGGUCUGGCAACAAUCGCGUGUGGAUGGUGGACACGGCUCGGCGCCUGCGGCACCUCUCCCCUCCUUCCCGGCGAAGGCUGGGGGCUGCCGCGUCUCCCUGCGGGCGCCGGUGCUGCCGUGGGCUCUGCCGAGCCUCCCCUCCUGUGGCUGCCCCCCGCCCCGGGGACGAGCAGCCCUUUUCUGCGCCGUUUCCCCCCUAAAUCCCUGUUCCUCGGAGAUUCCCCUUCGCUCUGCCCCCGUUCCGCUGCCGGCCCCCCAUCGCCGUCGCCGGGCUGGAAGGAGCGUCUGGGGGUUGGUGAUUUGGGUGACGACGGGGUGACCUGGUGCCCAGCCCGUGCCGCCCUGCGCCGUGCGGCCCCCGCGCCGUCCUCAGCCCCACUGCUGGGCUGGGAGGUGGGGGGGGCGUGAUGGGGGUCUGGGGAUGGGAUGGAGGAGGGGACAUCGGCACAGCCCGGAGCCGGGAGCCCGGAGGUCGGCGUCCUCCGGAGCAUCCGUGUGUCUGCGGGCGCUGCCGGGCACCGGGGGAGGCUGGAAAGAGACUCUCCCCUCCCUCGGGCAGGUUCUUCGGGAGGGAGCCCCGGGACCCCCCCGGCGAUGGAGCGAGAGGAGAAGCCAUUUGGGGGGGGUCCCCAGGACGCCGCGCUCCGGGGGACGCCCAGCACCUGCGGCACAGGAAAGGGCUGGGCGGGAGUGAAGUGUGAGAUCGCGGUGAAAACGGAGCCGGAGGACGAGUCCUACAUCAGCUGUCCCCAGGGCCUGGGUGCCACCCUCCCCGCUGUCCCCAGCGUCCCCAGCCACCCCAGCGCCGGCAUCAAGGCAGAGACGGUCGUUAAAAGCGAGGCCGAGGACGAGGCGUACGGCGGGUUCUGCCCCGGUGACCCGCAGGGGGACGUCCCCCACCACCCCGCUGCCUGCGACGCCAAGCCCGAGAUCAUCGUGAAGGUGGAGCCGGAGGAGGAGCCGCUCAUCGGGUGCCCCCGCGCUCUGGGUGACCCGGGAGCUGCCGGCCACCGCGGCGGCGCAGGAGAGCACCGGGAUGGGGACGGCGAGCGGUGUCCCAAGGAGGAGCCGGAGGAGGUGAAACCGGAGGCGGCUGAGCUGGGGAAGAGCCUGGGGGCUGCCUCGGGGGGCUCCCUCGGGCCCCGCGUCAGCCAGUGGACGGUGCUGCAGGCGUCGGGCGCUGUGGCCGAGCUCCGGUGCAGUCCGGCGGCGCCUGGGGGGCCAUGGGCCGCCACCGAGCCCCGGGGGCUCUGCCUGGAGAAGGCCAGGGCUCCGGUGGGGCCGGUGAGCAGCGCUGGGCAGAACCCCCCCUCCGCCUGCGGGGUGGGCAGCGCCACGGCCCCCGGCACCCAGCCGGCGCGGCGUCCCCGCAGCAACGCGGCCGAGCGUCCCUUCGCCUGCAGCGAGUGCGGGAAGAGCUUCCAGCACCGGGGGAACCUCAUCACCCACCUGCGGGUGCACACCGGGGAGAAGCCCUUCGCCUGCACCGUCUGCGGCAAGAGCUUCAGCCAGAAGGGCGACCUGAUGCGGCACCAGCGCAUCCACACGGGCGAGAAGCCCUUCGAGUGCACCGUCUGCGGCAAGAGCUUCUGCUCCAAGCAGACCUUCAUCCUGCACCAGCGCAUCCACACGGGCGAGAAGCCCUUCUCCUGCACCGAGUGCGGCAAGAGCUUCAACCGCAAGGCCAACUUCAUCACCCACCAGAAGAUCCACCGCGGCGAGCGCCCCUUCAUCUGCGCCGAGUGCGGCAAGGGCUUCUGCGCCAAGAAGACGUUCAUCCUCCACCAGAAGAUCCACAUCGGCGACCGGCCCUUUGGCUGCUCCGAGUGCGGCAAGAGCUUCAGCCGCAACGGUGACCUGACGCGGCACCAGCGCAUCCACACCGGCGAGCGCCCCUUCGCCUGCGCCGACUGCGGCAAGUGCUUCAGCCACAACGGCGAGCUCAUCAAGCACCAGCGCAUCCACACCGGUGAGAAGCCCUUCACCUGCACCGAGUGCGGGAAGAGCUUCAACCGCAAGGGCACCCUCAUCACCCACCAGCGCAUCCACACGGGCGAGCGCCCCUUCGUCUGUCCUGAGUGCGGCAAGACCUUCAACCUGAAGACCACGCUGAUGAAGCACAAGCGCAUCCACACGGGCGAGCGUCCCUUCACCUGCCUGGAGUGCGGGAAGAGCUUCAAGUACAAGGGCAACCUGCGGACCCACCACCUCACCCACACGGUGGAGCGGGUCUACCCCUGCACCGAGUGCGGCAAGAUCUUCAGCCACAAGAAGGAGCUGACAGUGCACCAGGGCGCGCACGCGGAGGAGAGGAUCCUCUCCUGCUGCCGGGAGGGAGAGUCCUUCAACCCCUUCCUCCCCAUGCACCCGCUCCUCAUGUCCUGCGCCCAGCUCCCGGUGCCGCUGGAAGCCUUGGCCAAGUACAAGUAGGAAGGCUGGCGGCAGUGGGGGAGAGCCCGGUGUCCUGCCUGGCGCACGUCCCCAUGGCUGGAGCAGUGACAGGAGGAACGAGACCAUCACUAGAGACUCGGCCCCGCUGUGGGGCCGAUGGCGGGUCGGGGCCGGUCGUUUUCUCGGCUGUCUGGUGCCGCGGUGGAGCCCCGGGUCCCCGGGGAGGAGGCGCUGGCCGGGGAUGCUGCCGGCUUUCGGCAGAGCUGGGGCCAGCGGCCGCUGGCGGGGACACGCAGCUGGGCUGGGACUCGGGCUGAGCGGGGCCGUGCUCUGGUCGGGGGGCAGGGGGGGCCUUCGUCGUCCGCCACCCCAGAGCCGCUGUCUCUUUUGCUGUUUAGAAACCACCUAAAAGCGAAUCUCGAGGGCAGGUGUGAAGACUGGGGUCGCCUUGUCCCUCCCCGCCGGCGCUGGGCCGUGCCCUCGCUGGGUUUUCUGCCCCCGGUGCUGCUCGGGCGCCUCCCUGCCAUCCCCCCGCGCCGUGGGACCCCAGUUCAGCGGCCAGUUGGAAAGGGGCGAUUCUGGAGCUGAGGGUCCUCGUUUCUCCUCGUCCCCAUCCCACACGUAGAGGCUGGACUUGGAGAAGAGCCGACAGCUCAGCCCUUCCCCCCCGAGGCACAGCCCUCUGCCGUGGUGCGGGAUGGCGGACCCCGGCCCCGGGGGCGGCUCGGCACCCCCCCCACUUUUAUUUCCCACAAAUCCCGUCACACUUUACCAAGCCUUGUUUUUGGAAUCCUCCCUUCCCCGGCCAGCCCCUGCCGCGUCCCCGGGUUUAUUCCCCCGUCGGGUGCCUCCCCCCGGGGCUGGCACUGCUCCCGGUGACUCCUCGCCGCGCUCCCACCAAAGCUGGGAAACGGACGGCAAAAGGCUUUUUUUUUUUUCCCUUUUGCAGCCCAGGCUCCUUUGGCGGUGCCGUGGCGUGGGAGCAGCGGGCUGGAGGGGCCGGGCAGGGGUGCACCCCCAGCCCCUCUUUAAUUCUCCAGGGAAUUGCUGUGCCCGUCGGUUCCUCUGUUGGCAUCUCCGGCGCGGGCUGAUGGGAAGGGACCGGCCCCGGCCCCGUCUGCGCGGUGAUCCUGAUGCCGCAAACCCGUCCUCGCCUGGCGCUCGCCUUGGAAAGGGGCUUUGGUGAAAAAUGAGUCUUUUAUAGCGCGGAUGAAGGGGACGCUGCGGGGCCCGGGGUGGGAUUCGGGUUGUUCCUGGGCAAACCCCUUCCCUUGGCCGUUGUUCCUGCGAGAGGGGCGUUUCUGCAGGGGCCGUGGAGGCGAGAGGCCCUGGGCGAUCUCCGCGUGGCGCGAGGUGACGCUCAUCGCUUCCUUGCCUCAGUUUCCCCAUCUGUAAAAUGGGGGCAAUGCCUCUUGCUGCAGCUGCCCCCCGGGGUGGUGGGAGGGUUAACCCCUUCCUGACCGUGUGGG